CGAUGCUAGCCUCUGCAGCUCCUUCGCCGAGAGAGGGGGGCGUCUGUAACACAGCAUCGGCACAGCGCAGGAGCCUUUACGCGGACUUCCCAAAACGUCCCAACGAUCGUGAUCACAGGCUCGUUUUGUCUUUCCACUCCUGCACUACCUACGUAUACGAGACUAGGUGUGCUUUUGCUGGAAAAGACCAAUGUCUUUCGUUUUGAGAAACAGUAGCCGCAUAUAUUAAGGCCCCCCUGAUGCUGUUGCUGCGACGGUUUUCCCAGCAGCAGCAUCCAACACCUUUCCUCAGUCGGGCAGCCGUUCGAGAAAAGAACCAGCUAUUCGAAAAGACCAUUGUCUCGCACUAUACACGAUGAAGCUCUCCAAUAUCCUUACCGUCUUCUCCGCCGCUUCCUUGGCUACGGCGGCGUCAGUGUCCUUCGACCGCGGUUACGACGAUGGUAGCCGCUCUCUAGCCUCCGUAAGCUGCUCUGACGGUGAGCAUGGACUCAUCACACGAUACGGUUGGCAAAGACAAGCUCAAGUCGCGGCCUUCCCUUACAUUGGAGGAGCCGAGGCCAUCAAGGGAUGGAACUCGCCCAAUUGCGGAACAUGCUGGAGACUGACUUACAACGACCGCUCCAUCCACGUCCUGGCCAUCGACGUCGCCCUUAAUGGCUUCAACAUCGCCUUCGCCGCCCUGAAUGACCUCACCAAUGGUACUGCUGAGCAUCUGGGUCGCGUGGAGGCAGUUGCUACGCCGGUGACCGCCAGAGCGUGUGGUCUUCUUACAUAACUGACCUCAGGCGCCCCUGGUGACAUGGCUAUUAGUGCAAAAGUCCACUUGACCCAAGGGAAGCUCGAAAUAGAGGCAUCUCGGGAAUCUAAACAUGGAUGUGUGAAGU